AAAAUUAAUUACUGUACAGAAAAGUUGGUAAUCAUUGUCGUCACCUGAUACUAAAGUCCAGAUUCAUCUCCCCUUAAUUUAUAUUUAUGGUCAUAGUCGUAGAGAGCAAGACAUGACAAUCUCAACACCAACUCUUCACUUCCCUCCAAUGCCUCCACUCACUCCUCGAAACGUCGCCGUUAUCGGUGCCGGCGCCGCCGGCCUAGUCGCCGCACGCGAGCUCCGUCGAGAAGGUCACAGAGUCGUCGUCUUCGACAGAGAGCCCAACGCCGGUGGCACGUGGAUCUACAAUCCCAAAACCGAUUCGGACCCACUGGGGCUCGACCCGUCUCGGGAAUUGGUCCACUCCAGCCUCUACGCGUCCCUCCGGACCAACCUGCCCCGAGAAGCCAUGGGUUUCCGGGACUACCCUUUUGUUGUCACCACCAAGAAGGGCCAUAGGGACCCGAGGAGGUUCCCGGGUCACAGGGAGGUGUUGGAUUACUUGAAUGAUUUUGUGGGCGAGUUUGGACUCGGUGAGUUGGUGAGGUUUUCGAGUGAUGUGAGGUAUGUUGGCCUGUUGGAGGAUGGGAAAUGGAAGGUUAGGUCGAGAAUUGGCGGGGAUGAUCAAGUGGAUGAGAUUUAUGAUGCCGUGGUUGUGUGUAAUGGCCAUUUUACGGAUCCCCGAAUUGCUGAAAUUCCCAAUAAUGUUUCGAACAUUGGUAUUGAUGUGUGGCCAGGAAAGCAACUUCAUAGCCACAAUUACCGUGUUCCCGAGCCCUUCCGAGAUCAGGUUGUAAUCUUGAUUGGGAGCUCUGCAAGUGCUGUUGAUAUCUCUAGAGAGAUUGCCGGAGUUGCCAAAGAAGUUCACAUUGCAUCUAGAUCAUCAGAUACAACUUUAGGAACGUUGCCUAGCUAUGAUAACGUGUGGCUUCAUUCUAUGAUAGAAAGUGUCCGUGAAGAAGGUACCGUGGUAUUCAAAGAUGGGAGUUCCUUCUGUGCUGACAUUAUUCUACACUGCACGGGGUACAAGUAUCAUUUCCCUUUUCUUGACACCAAUGGUGUUGUGACUGUGAAUGACAAUCGUGUGGGGCCACUAUACAAGCACAUUUUUCCACCAGUCUUAGCUCCGUGGCUUUCCUUCAUUGGGUUGCCGUGGAAGGUUGUCCCUUUCCCUUUGUUUGAAUACCAGAGCAAGUGGAUAGCAGGUCUUUUAUCCGGCCGACUUACUCUUCCAUCAACGGAGGAUAUGAUGGCAGAUGUUGAAGCUUUUUACUCAACAUUGGAAGCUUCUGGAAUUCCAAAACGAUACACUCAUAACCUUUCUGGUUAUCAGUUUGACUACGACGAUUGGCUUGCAGCUGAGUGUGGUUGCCCCGGCAUUGAAGAAUGGAGAAGGCAAAUGUAUACAGCAACCAGCAAGAAUAAGGUAGUUCGGCCAGAGACAUACCGAGACGAGUGGGAUGAUGAUCACUUGGUCUUGCAGGCUCAUGAAGACUUUGUAAAAUAUUUUUCAACUGGACAUCUUGAUGGAUGCCUCUCUCAAUAAUCAAAUCUCAAACCCCCCACAGUCUAGUUUUGUGGUAAGGUGCCACAGAUGUACUAUAUAAAUACAUUUGAUAUCUCAUUAUCCAUUGUUUUUAUCAUAAACAAUAAUGUGAUUAGAUUGUGGAGUUGAAUAAAUGAAAUCCAGUUUGAAUAA